AUGUAAUUUCCAUUGACGUUUAUUAAUUCCAUUUAGAGAUACUGCUUUUUUAAAAACUAACAAUGUAAAUAAUGAAUUAUGGGUACUAAUAGGACAUUCAAAAAUAUUUCAGUAAUGACCGAUUCACCAAGAAAGAACAGUAAAUCUUCAGGAGUUUCUCGGGGAAUCAACUCCUAUCGUAGCACAAGUCAAACAUUGAAUAUAUUUAAAGACUAUGGAGGAUUGGGGCAUCUGUACUAUGAGACACUUGCAAGCGAUUUGGAUAAAAUUCUACAGGUAGAUAUCAUUAUGUCAAUCGCUGAGACAAAAGGUUCAGUAAGAAGCAGAAGUAUAAGAUUGGCUUCAGAAAUGCGAGCAUGCGGAAUUGUUGAGAAGGAUAUAGUAGUUGUUUGUAGUGGAAAAAACGCCGAUCAAACUAUUGUUCUUGUAGCGUCUCUAUUUCUGGGUGCAAUUGUUGCUCCAUUGGAUCCUGAAUCAAGUAAUAAAGAGAAAGAUCGUCUCAUUAGGAAACUAAAGCCAAAGAUAUGUUUUGCCGAUUCCAGGACGGAAACCCAUAUUAAACGAAUAUUGCAUGAAAUGCAUCUUCAAACAAAAGUUGUUAGCUUCAGUCAAGAAGACGGAGGGAUAUCUGAGUUCUCUAAAUGGAUUCAACACAAGGAAGAUGAGGAAUUUAGACCAAUUUAUAUCGAGGAUCCUAGAAGAACAGUUGCAUUGAUAUUACCGACACAAGGAACCACCGAUUUUCCAAAACUUGUCUGUGUCUCACACAAUAAUAUUUGUCUUCAGUGUAUGAACUUUGCAGAUAUUUUCUAUCACCCCGUGAAUAUACUAUCAUUUUUCUCCUUUUCAUGGUUUCUACAUAUUAUAAUGGUGUGUUUAUGUUUGGAAACAUCAGUAACGUUAAUUAUUCCUGGACUUUUUUUUGAAAGAUCCGCCUGUAAGGUUAUACAAGAUUUUAAUGUUGAGUGUCUACUUUUGGGUACUGAUUUUGCGAUGAGAUUGUUUCAUAGCAGCGCUGCCAAGGAUUAUAACCUUAGCUGUCUGAAAACUGUUAUGAUUGGUGUGAAUAAUACAACACCGCAUGAUAUUUAUACACUCAAGAAAGCAAUGCCAAAAGUACAAUUCCUCUCUAAUUACUCUAUGGUGGAAACGGGAUGUAUAGCGGCAACGAGGUCAAAAGAUUAUCCUUCCAUCUUUUGUGAUAAACCAACAACCGUUGGGUCGCUAACUCUCAAUUGCAAAGUCAAAAUUAUUAAUAUACAUACGAAAGAGGUGUGUCCACCAAAAAAAGUUGGUGAGAUUUAUUAUUCCGGUGAUGGACUCAUGUUAGGUUAUUUUAAGGAUCCUGAAAGAACCAUGGCAUCCCGAGAAAAGGGAUAUUUUAGAACAGGUGAUGUAGGGAUGUUUGAUGAAGCAGGAUGGUUGUUUGUGCGCGGAAGACUAGAAGAUAUGAUCGAUAUUGAUAAUUGGUCUUUAUUUCCGCUUGACAUAGAAGACAUUGUUUUAAGACAUCCAUAUGUAAAAGAUGCUGUAGUUAUUGGCAAUCAAAAAACACAUGUUAUUCUGAUCAAGAAAAAUCUAGAUGUAGAAUUUAACGAGCCAGACUUGAAACGAUGGUGAAAUGCGAAAAACAACCAAAUCCACGUUUUAUGACCUAUUUCCAGAAGUAUCAGUGGAUACUACCAAUAGUGGACCUACCAAUUAUGGACAAAACAUUUAUAUCUUAUUUGAUGGAAUGAGAAGAGCUGCACAAAAUCGAUGGAACGAACACGUCGCUCCAAAAAAAUGUAUAUAAUGACAUAAUAUUUGAUAAAACCAUGCCUCUAAAAAUAGCGCAGGAGAAAUUUUUAUCGAAUGCCAAAAAUAAGAGUAGGCUCAUAGAUAUGAUACGA